GUCGAGGCAUUUAUAAGUGAUAUUUGUAAUCAUUAUGUAAGUAAAAAAAUUGUUCAUUUACAAUUGUUCGUUUACAGAAGAUAGAGUUGUCAGAAAUUUCUAUUUGCCAAAUGGCUACGUCCAAACGGGUCGUUUUAUAUGAUGUUUUAUAUGAUCAGACUAUAUAUCGUACAAUGUUGUAGAAAAGUAUGCGGCAUAUCUCCGAUCUUGCAUUCCGUCUAAAAACUCUUUCUCGAUAACAUCUUCGCCGAAUUUGGCAAGACUCGAUAGAUUAGGCAUCAAAGUACACGCGAUUGCGCUGGAUAGCGAGUGGAUUGUGCGAGAUUACCCGCCACGGAUGUCGCCACUGCUCGAUGUACCAUGCAUGACCGCUGCGUGGGCGUGAGCGUGCCAUGACUGGCACGUCAUGAUUCGCGAUUCGACAUGCCUUAGUACUUGGUAUGUGAUGUGAACUCGAACGCGUCGGAUACGACUGAUCGCGAGGAAGGACUGGUCGAUGGUGGAUUCGCGUCAUCGUGAUAAUGACAAACUGAUGAGCUACUGUAAAGAUAAAGACAAAGGAUUGAGAUGGAUCAGAUCGGCAAGAAGCAGGCCGCUAACUCACCGGAAGUGGCAUUGGCUAACGACAUAUUCGAUCAGUUUUGCAACGCUACUACGUUGAAAUCUAUUCUUGGCUACUACAGACAAUUGUGCGAAUUGCUGAAAAUCCGCCCGAAUGUUAUUAAUCAAUUUUAUCCAAAGCUGAAAACAAAGCUACGCUCGUGGAAAGCGCAAGCCUUGUGGAAGAAGUUUGAUCAACGAGCGAAUCACAAGUGUUAUAAUCGUGGUAAAAUAUGCCCGAACACAAGAGUCUUAAUUAUCGGCGGUGGUCCGUGUGGUUUGCGCACUGCCAUAGAAGCGCAAUUAUUGGGGGCGAAAGUUGUUGUGGUGGAAAAAAGGGAUCGAAUGUCCAGGAACAAUGUUUUACAUCUAUGGCCUUUCGUGAUUCAGGAUCUACGUGGUUUGGGAGCAAAAAAAUUUUUCGGAAAAUUUUGCGCGGGUUCCAUAGAUCACAUCAGCAUUCGGCAGCUGCAGUGUAUCCUGUUGAAGGUUGCUUUGAUUCUCGGCGUAGAGUUCCACGAGAGUGUAAGCUUCGACUCUCUGAUUCAACCAUUGGAUAAUCAGGAGGGCGGUAAGAUUGGUUGGAGAGCAAAGACUUCACCAAAUGAUCAUCCUGUCUCUCAAUAUGAAUUUGAUGUGCUGAUUGGAGCUGAUGGCAAGAGAAAUACCUUGGAAGGUUUUAAGCGAAAGGAAUUUCGAGGAAAACUCGCUAUUGCAAUCACGGCGAAUUUUAUAAAUAAACGAACCGAGGCAGAAGCUCGCGUAGAGGAGAUAAGCGGUGUCGCGUUUAUCUUUAAUCAAAAGUUUUUCAAAGAACUAUACCAAGAAACGGGUAUCGACUUGGAAAAUAUUGUGUAUUACAAAGAUGAUACGCAUUAUUUCGUUAUGACUGCCAAAAAACAUAGUUUAAUCGACAAGGGAGUCAUCCUGCAGGAUCAUGCUGACACUGCAAAAUUACUCGCGAAAGAAAACGUGGAUCGUGAAGCGUUAAUGUUGUAUGCUCGAGAAGCAGCGGAAUUCUCAACGGAAUAUCAAAUGAUGGAUAUGGAAUUUGCGGUGAAUCAUUAUGGCCAACCGGAUGUAGCCAUGUUUGAUUUUACCUCGAUGUACGCGGCGGAAAAUGCAAGUCGUGUAUUAGAGCGCCAUGGUCAUAGAUUACUCAUGAUUCUUGUAGGCGACAGCCUCUUGGAGCCAUUUUGGCCUACCGGUUCUGGUUGCGCAAGAGGAUUUUUGAGCUCUUUGGACGCAGGCUGGGCAAUCAAAGGUUGGGGCGCUUCGUUAUCACCGUUAGAAGUAAUUGCAGAGCGUGAAUCAAUAUAUAGACUAUUGGGCCAAACGACUCCGGAGAAUUUGAAUAGAGAUUACGCCGCAUACACUCUGGAUCCUCAUACUAGGUAUCCAAAUCUUAAUGUACGUUCUGUAACUCCGAUACAAGUGCGCAGUCUUCUUGACACAGAUGAUCCUGAGAGCAUUAAACAACCUACGAUACAGUCCGAGAUUGAUAUGCCAAAGAAACGAAGACGUCGCGAUUUGAGACCCGAUGUUCAUCCAGAUACGUUGCUUCGGUGGCUACAAAAACAAGUUGCAUUGUACGACAAAAUUCACAUCGAAGAUAUGGGUGCCUCUUUUAAAGAUGGCUUAGCUAUUUGUGCAAUCGUUCAUAGAUACCGUCCAGAUUUAAUAGAUUUUUAUAGCUUAAACGCAAAGGACGCAGUGAAAAACAAUCAACUUGCCUUUGACAUAUUAGAAAAGGAGUUGAACAUACCAUCGAUAAUGACGGGAGAAGAAAUGGUCCAAUGUGAUGUUCCCGAUACACUCGCCAUGUUUUCUUACUUAACACAGAUAUAUGAAGUUUUUAGAGGCGAAAUUCCUUAUAUUAAGCAUAAAAAAUUAGAACCAGAAGUAGAGGAAUGUACCGCACAUUCAAAGCAAAUGAAACAAUUGACACCUGAGGAGAAGACUACAAAAACACGGCACUCACGCUCACGGCAUAUUAAUGAAAAUGUGCACUCUUGUGUGGAUAAAAAGGACAAUACGGCUAGUCGUCGUUCUCGAAAGAGGCGGAGUACCGAGAAAGUGGGCGCAACGAUGGAUGAACGGCAGAAAAAACUCGAUGAGAUCGAAAAGCAUCGAACUGAACGCAUGAAGAAGCGGCAAUAUUUGCGCAAGAUGGCAACCCAACAGUUCUACAAAAGUAUGCAGAUGCUGCAAGCCAAUGCAAAACGCGAGAAAGAUGAACCUUUUGAAGAUUAUUCGAUUUUUUUGUACCGUCAAACUGCACCAGAUUUCAAGGACAGAGUAAAAGACUUAGAGCAGAAAAUACUCUAUCCAGAUAGACAACCAAAAAUACACAUUGGUUACCACAGAGGUAGCGUAGACGAGGAAUUUUCGGGAAGGAUAAAAGAUUUUGAAGAUAAAUUGAAAGGAACAACAUCCUCCGAGAAGAAACCUAGAGAUCUUUUACGCGCCAUAGGUAAAAUAGAAAAAACUGAUUGGAAUGUGAAAGAGAUCGAGAAGAAAAUUGAAGAGAACAAAAUGGGCCGCAGUAUUCGCCAUGAACGUGUAGAGAAAGUGCCGAAAUGGAGUCGCGAGCAGUUUUUAGCUCGACAGAUCAAGAUGGAGAAGCGGAGCAACGAUCAAAAGGACACCUACAGUAAGUACGCUGAUAUAGACAAUACCCUGAAGAAUAUAGGCAAGAAGAUCCGGGAAGGUAGCGCGCUCGGGUACAAUAAAGUUUCAGCCAUGGCUGAACAAUUUUCGAAUAAAAAUCAGGAUGCGGAGCCCAAGCUACAGAAAUCGAACACUAAACCUACUAUCGUACUACCUGUACAAGGAGGUUCAGAGAUGUGUCAUUUUUGCAAUAAAAGAGUUUAUCUCAUGGAAAGACUCAGUGCGGAAGGCAAAUUUUUUCAUCGUGGUUGUUUCCGAUGUGAAUAUUGCUCUAUUUCAUUAAGAAUAGGAAAUCAUACAUUUGAUCGAGAGAAAAAUGGAGGGCGCUUUUAUUGUACGCAACAUUUUGGACUGUCGGGAACAAUGAAAACUAGAGCAGAGAAAAAGAGGAUCAAUUUGGUGAAUAAAGAAAAUGUACCUAAUACCGCGAUUGCAUUAAAAACACCAGAAAAGGUCAAAACAUCAUUAGAAGGCAUUGUUGGGUUCGAUUUGCUCGAUCGCGGUCAAACUCCGGAGAGAAUUGAAUUUGAAAAUCUAGCGGAGAUAUCAGAUCCAGAAGAAGCUCACAGUCAAAUGGAUGAAGACGAAUGGACAGAUAGAAAUUUUGGUGCCUCUACCGCGGAAAUGGGAUCCAGUGACGAUAUUUCUGAUAUGAGUGAUUCUGAUGAGGAUAAUGAAAUAUAUGAGGAAGCUAUAGAUCAACCAUUAACAACCGAAGGAACUCUCGAGUUGGCUAAGAAUUGGACGCUGCGCUAUUCGCAUCCGCAUGCUACAAUCGGGCAAUCUGAUACCGGCAGCAAUGAAUAUGAAGAUUCUAGCGAUGAAUAUACUAGUGAAGACGAUGAAAGCGGUACUGCGACCGAAGAUGAGGAUGAUGUACGUGCGCGAGAACUCCGGAAGCAGGAAGUGUGGUUAAAGGUGCCACCACGUAAUUCUGAUACCGAUACCGGUUCGGAAACAGAGGUUGUGUCGUCGGAAGACGCAUCGACGGAGGAGAGCGUGGAAAAUUCAGCAACCGAGAUAUCGACCGAUUCUGAAUUCGAUCAUGAUGAACCGACUCCGACACAGCACGAGAUUCCCGAGAUUGCCAUCAACGAUUCUUAUGUGCGAAAGACGAGAGGCGUUUAUGUCGAACCGAAAAAAGUACAAGUGAAAAGCAAGAUGAUUUCUUCAAUCAAUGGCAAUCUGACGCAGGACAAGAGACAACAAGAUAAGAGCGAGCAAAUUUUGGAAGAUCGUACUAAAGUGCAAUUGAACAAAGAGGUAAAUUGCAAUGUGCCAGCUUCUAUCGAUACAAAUAACUGCACACCAUUGUUGAAUCCACGAAAAGGAGAUUAUCUUUUGAAUCGCACUCACUCCACCGGUGGAAUCGCCUCGAGACUUUCCUUAGAAUUGAAAAAACGCUACUUAUUGGGCGGAUCAGUUUUUGGUGGUUCUGUCAUAAAAUCAGGUUCAACGUCUAACGUGGACACGAAAUUGAGAAGCUUUACUGAUUCAAUUUCUCAACAUCAAAAGUUGUUGAAUCCAGCACCGGAGCCUAGUCCUACCAUGCAAGCAUUUCUUCAAGGUACUAGUAAACUGCGUGCCAACAAUGCGCCGCUUUCUCCAUUGUCGCCUACAAUUUUAUUUUCGCGACAGUUAUCAAUAGAUCGUUGUCGAAAUUCAUCAAACGACAUCGCGUACAAGCCAACAACCCUGAUAGAAGCAUUCAAGAUGCAACAGUUACCUGAUUUAGUGAAAGAAUCUAGUAUUUUAAAAUCAAAAACGACACCUAACAUCUGCGGUGAGUCUUCGAUAAAAGACAAGGAAUCGAUCGACGAACAAGCAUUUUUACAGCAAACUAAUAACUUGACAAAGGACGUUAUAGAGGAUAUAAAAAGCUCACAGAAUACAGAGAAGAAUCUCUCGAGUAAUAUGGAAGAAAAUAAUGGAUUUAGACCGCGUAGUCCUCUUCAUGAAACGUCCAUUGUCGUGCCGCAGAUGGACUGGUGUAGGAAGAACGAAGACAAGGAUGCCAGUUCGGGCGAUUCUGAGAUAGACAGCGAUUCGUUAUCUUCCGAUUCUAACGAAGCAAUUGAUAACGAUCAACUUGUCGCUGUAAAUCUUUCGCCGCCAAGAUUACAGAUUCACAGCACCGAUGGUGAUCUCUUACUAGAUGAAAGAGCUGAUCGAUACAAGCAUUAUGAUCCAGAUGAUGGUCAAACUUUCGAGCCAGACUCGAUUGAAGUCUCUUUCUUGCGAGAUCAUCGAUCAUUUAAUCCACCAGUUGAUAACACACAUAUUGUUGAAGCGGUGAAUAAUAAUAUGAAACAAUUAGAUUUGCGGGACGAUAACAAGAAGAGCAAUUGCAGCAGUCCUACCUCCGAAGUUUCAGCAAUGUCUAACAAACAAGAUGACUCCGAGGAAAAUGACAUUACCACUGCGGCGUUCACUGAAACAGAGUUUUCUGAAUGGGCUCGCGAUGGAGAGGCUUUAGUCUCUGAUGACCUUCGCGAUGUAGAAUUCGAUAUUGAUCCUAGUUUCAUCACUAUACGAAGGAAUAAUGCAAAACUAUCUUCAACACCCGCUAAAAUUGCUAAAGAAGAGGAUACAGAACUUGAAUAUUGCAAAAUCGACCGAAUGAUUGAUGAGGAAUAUCCAAACAAUAAUACAUCGAAACUAUUAGUAAACGGUGAGGACAUUAAUUAUAUGGAUACAGACAAUGAAUCAUUAUUGGAUGAUAGCCUUCAAGAUGCUUCUAAUACGGUAAUGUUAAAAAAUCGGGGUUACAUCGAGUUUGUAAACGUAAAGACCAAUCCUUCCGAUAUCCCAAUUUCGGGGGGGGAUUUCACUAAAACAUGUAAUCUACCGGUCAUUGACGCGCCGAUAGCGAAACUCGACUUAGAAAACGAUUCAUACAGUGAAGAAGAAAAAGAAGAAGAAGAAGAAGAAGGUUUCAAAGAUGCCAAUGUGAUCGAGAUAGAUCCAGUUACCAUGGAAGACGUAAUGGAUAAACUAAACGAGCCCAUUACGAGUAAAUUAUCGAUGAGAUCGGAGAUUCGAGCAGAGGAACAAGACGAAAGAGAAUUUAAGGAGAAUACAAAGCGAGAACAGUUAGCAGAAGCUUUUAACAAAGAAUUGCUUCAAUCGAUGGAAGAAGAUAGUUUAUUACUUGUGGAGCCAGCGGAGGAUACGACUACAAGCGAAGUUGUUACAGUGCUCGCCAGUCCGAUCAACCCUCAAGUGUCUAUAAUUCCUGUAGAAAUGAUGGAGAAGCACGAGGAGUUAACUAAAGCAGACUCUAGCAAUCCGGAUUAUUUGGAAUAUGUAAAGAGAUUACAAUCUAGAAUUGCAGAAUUUAGUAACGUCAAGGAUUCCAUUGAUGUCAGAAAAUCGAGGCGGAAGAACUCGAAAAGUUCAGUGCAGAUACGUACAGCAGAAAUGAUUGUUGAGGAAAUUAAAUGUCAAGAAACAAUGACUGUAAGUAGUAACGGUAUCAAUUCGCCGGCAACAUCAAGAAAACUUGAGGAGAUUACGAGAGAACGGUCGAAGCAGAAGAAUGUUAUUCAGGAUCUCCUAAUGGAUAAACUUGAGGCUCACAAACAGAAGUCAGCCGAGAAAAAGGCUCGAAGAGCUGCCAGAGCUUCAUCUUUUAUGACAACACUGUCACCAAUAAAACCGACAUUAUCAAAUAUUUCCUCCGUUGGUAACAAAUUUGUACCUAUCUCUAUAACAUCAUCAGUGAAUAGUCCAGUUCGUACAACCUUCAACGAAGCAGACAAGUCAUUAGAUCGUUUAGUAUCUUUGUGCCCUCGUGAGCAAUCCGAUCAAGUAGAAGCCAAAGAAAGAAUUCCAAAGAAGGCAGACGAAAAAUCGAUUACCGUUAGUCUAGAAGAUAUCUUUAAGACACCACUCGCGCCACCAAGAUUUAAGAACGAAGAAGCAAGGAGGACUGCCGAAAAGGCCAGGCAAGAUGCCCGCGAACGAGCUAGAAUGAAGAGCGAUGAGGAUUUGGGCCUAAGUCCCGAAGACAGAAUCAAGGAAUUAAGAAUGAAGGUAACUAGGAGACAACUCUCGAUGGACGAUACGGUAAAGAACGAUAUGCCGAAGACUGAAAGAGUUAAAUCGUAUAAUUUUAACGCAAUGGAUAAUUCAGAACUGAAAUUACAAACCAGUAAAAGCACCGACAAUGUGAAAAACAUCGCGAGAAAAAUCAGUUUUCAGAAACUGCCACCAGCUAGCGCGAAAUCAAUGGACGAACUAUUGAAUACCGCAGGUUUAUCACUUUCGGAUAAUAAUAGCGUGGUAAUGAAAAGGGACAAAAAAAAGUCGAAGGACUCCGAGAGAAGAAAGAGUAUUAUACAAGCGGUCUCAGAUUUCUUCUUUAAGAAGGAAACCAGUCCAUCGCCAAAUCAAAAGGAUAAACUAUCAAUGUUUCGACUGACUUCAAAAUCCAAAGGAAAAAGAUUGCGGAUGGCUCAAGAAAUACAAAGAAAAUUAGAGGAAACUGAAGUAAAACAAAAAGAAUUAGAAAGCCGGGGUGUAAAUGUGGAAAAAGCUCUGUGUGGUGAAGGAGAUUCCUCCAAUCGUGAAGAAGCCGAUUUACUUAGAGAAUGGUUUGAUCUCAUGAAAGAACGCACGGAAUUGCGUAGAUAUGAAAAAGAACUUCUCGUUCGUGCGCAAGAAGUUCAAUUAGAAGAUCGUCAUGAACGAUUGCAACAAGAAUUACGUGAACGUUUGGCCGAUGAUGACGAUAAAAAAACUAGUGACGAUGUUAAAAAGGAAGGAGAAAUCUUAACGGAAAUGUUGGAAAUAGUAGCAAAAAGGGAUUCCCUAAUCGCUCUGUUAGAAGAAGAACGACAAAGAUAUCAAAACGAAGAUCGCGACCUCGAAGCUCAAAUGCUGGCUAAAGGCCUGAGAUUAACACCAAUUAAGAAAUGUGGUCCUAAAUAUUCAGUCUAAAGGAAAUACGCUUCUGUACAUAUAUUCUUCGCCACAAUUUUUUAUCGCAUGGUGACUAGAAGAAAGUUAUACAUAUAUGCAUAUACAUAU